UCUCGUAGCAGUCGAACGGUGACACUUGCCGAGAGCGGCCAAAGAUCCAUCCCAUCCCAAAUAAAAUUACAAAUUUGAAAAAAAAAAAAAGAAAAAGAAACACCUCAACCGGUGGAUAAUUGAACAAUUAACGCAAUCAAGAAGUUCAAUCGUUUACUCAUUGAUUGAAAGAUCCUUUAUUUUUUUGUCACCCUUCUCCUUUCCACUGUUGAAAAUUAAAUGGAGUGACUAAGUGGUGGUUAAGUGAUAUCUCCUCCUGGUUUUUUGUAGGACUUCCAUGGGAUUCAGCGAAGUCGAGCGGAUGUACUCUCUUUGGAAUAAUUUAUUGGCUCCAGUCCGGCUUUUGAUUCUUGCAGAAGUCACCGACGUCUUAGAAGUUUCAAAAGAAUUCGUGCAGUGAUAAACAUGAAUGGGUGUUAUCAGUGACGACUGUACGCGUGAUUACAGUUGAAAUAAAUAAUUGGCAACAUUCGUGUCUUGGAAUUGAUGUUUAGUUCGUUGAUUAUGAGAUUGAUCUAGGGUUUUGAGUGGAGUGUUUGAAAGGGAAAGCUGAUAUUUCAUUUUGGGAGAUUUGAGAGAUGACUAGGAUUGAAUCAGUGAUGGGCAUGGAGAAUGGAUCAACUCAUUGGCUCGCCAGGGUUUCCGAGGCAGCCAAUCACACGAUUAUGGAGGAAUCAAGAUUUCCAAAGCCUCUGAGGACGUUCGCAGCCGUGGUUUCUAUUCUGAUAAUGAUAACGGGUCUCGUGGGAAAUUUACUCACGAUUAUUGCUCUCUGCAAGUACCCGAAGGUUCGCAAUGUCGCAGCUGCGUUCAUCAUAAGUCUGUGCUUCGCGGAUUUUAUUUUCUGCGCGCUGGUGUUACCAUUCGAUUCAAUUCGAUUUGUGAAUCAUGGAUGGACAGAUGUGAGAUUUCUCUGUGUUCUCGUUCCAUUCCUCAGAUAUGGAAACGUCGGGGUCAGUCUCCUCUGUGUCGCUGCUAUAACUGUCAAUCGAUACAUUAUGAUUACUCAUCAUAAUCUUUAUGGCAAGAUUUAUAAGAAGCAUUGGAUCGCGGCUAUGAUACUGUUCUGCUAUGUGUUCUCUUAUUCAAUGCAGUUGCCUACGUUAAUUGGUGCUUGGGGUAAAUUUGAUUACGAUGGAAACCUCGAAACGUGCUCAAUAGUAAAAGACUCGAGGGGUUUGAGUUCAAAGACCUUCCUCUUCGUAACUGGCUUCGUGAUUCCCUGUAUAAUAAUUGUUGGCUGUUACGCCAAAAUAUUUUGGGUUGUUCACAGUUCGGAAUCACGAAUGCGUAAGCACGCAAGUCCAGCUGUAAAAUCACCUCACACCCCAGGACGCGAUACAAGAGAGAUAAAGCAGCGGCGAAGCGAGUGGAGGAUAACAAAAAUGGUAUUAGCGAUAUUCUUGAGCUUCGUUGCCUGCUACUUGCCAAUCACGAUCGUCAAAGUGAGUGACCCGGAAGUAAGAUAUCCCGCGGCUCACGUGAUGGGUUACUUACUCCUCUACUUUGCGUCAUGCGUCAAUCCGAUAAUUUACGUUAUAAUGAAUAAACAGUACAGACAGGCGUAUGCUGGUGUGAUAAGCUGCUCGAGGAUUCGUGCAACAUUGACUCCACACGGGAGCAGUGUCCCAGGACAAAAUAAUUAUGGCCAAGAUUAUUCGAAGGAUUACAGCAAGACAAUGGUGUCAACAGUGUCGAUUGCCAUGAAUCCGGUGAUAAGGAAAUCGGAGCUUCCUGAUGACUUUUAAUCACCAGAACAACCCGGAGUUUCACAGUGUUUUUAUGAAUACUUUCACGUUAUAGUCUGAAUCUAAACAAGCAUAACGGAAUUUUAUUUAUAGAAAAUUUUAUACUCAUCGGUAUCAUCGAUUAAGUAUUAUCGAUUAAGUUAUUUAUUUGUAUUGUGAGGAGAUCGAUGGAAUUCAGCAGUCGUGAUUACAUUAUUUUCUACAUGAAAAUGUGGAAACAAUACGUGCCAAGAAGAUUUUAGUGAUAAGAUGAGUGUUUACCAUUCCUUAAUUAUUCGGUGAUGUGAGAUAAUGCGAGAAAUUCGUCUGACAAUUAAUUUCUUGAUAUCUCAGGCAUGAGUGGGGGAAAUUGCAUAAGUCCUCGUUUUGUGGUGAAUUUUAUGGACUACAGAAAGGUCUUUGGAGGAGUUUUUGAUUUUACCUACUAGUCUCAGAGGUAUUUACUAUAUAGGAUUUUUUUUCAGGACGAAUGAUUUUGUUUAAUUCAUUUAUCGUAAUUAGAUAACCGUUCUAAACUGUUAUGCAUAAUUUUAUUGGGUCGAAAGGAACCGAAAAAUCAUCUGAAUUGAGUUUGUUCAAUUUCAAUUAAAAACGUUUACUUCAUUUGUCAAUUAUUUUGAAGUUUCUAAUAAUUCAUUUUUCUAUGUAAGCUUGAAGUUUCGGACUCAUCGUAAACACUCGACAUCAAAUCAAUUGAAAAUUGAGAAUUACUGAUUAUUUAAAAAAUUAAGUGAUUCAUUAAUUAAGAAUUCUAUAGAA